AUGUCGAAUCUCUUGCUAUCUCCAAACGGCUACAUGUUGGCAUCGCCUAACCCUCUUACCGGCAGAUUCCUCAGUUCCAAAUCCGGCGGACGGAAAGUUCUCCUCUCCGUCGUUAGAGCUUCUUCCGAUGAUGCUGAUUGUAAUGCCGAAGAAUGUGCUCCUGAGAAAGAGGUUGGAACAGUGAGUAUGGAAUGGUUGGCUGGAGAGAAGACAAAAGUGGUGGGAACAUUUCCUCCUCGGAAGCAACGUGGUUGGACUGGUUAUGUUGAGAAAGAUACUGCUGGUCAGACUAAUGUUUACUCCAUUGAGCCUGCAGUAUAUGUUGCAGAGAGCGCGAUUAGCUCAGGUACUGCAGGAUCUUCGUCUGAUGGGGCUGAGAACACAGCGGCAAUCGUAGCAGGCGUUGCUCUUGUUUCACUCGCUGCGGCUUCAUCUAUACUCCUCCAAGUCGGAAAAGACUCCCUGGCUCGACCAAAAACAGUGGAUUACAGUGGACCGUCUCUUAGCUACUACAUCAACAAAUUCAAGCCUUCAGAAAUCGUUCAAACUUCUGCCCCCGCCCUAACAGAAGCUCCACCGGUAGCUCAGCAAGAAACUUCACCGCCGGAAACUCCACCGGUGACUCAGCAAGAAACCUCGCUGCUGGAAACUAUGGCCAGUGAGGCUCAGCCGGAGGCUUCUUCUGUUGUAACAACAAGUAGUACCUCUUAG